AUGAGUGAAAGCGAGAGCUCCUCCAUUUCCUCCCGGAUUGCGGCUUUGGCUGAAGAUGUGCAAGCCGAAUACAUCUAUGAAGAAGCUCGCCUCGAAGCCCUGAAAGCAGCACGGAAAUUGCUGGCUAAACUAGAGCCUCCAAUGGAAAGGAUGGCGCAUGAUGUACUACUGUGGUAUCCACACUUUAUGGCUUUGCGUAUGGGUGUCCAACUAGAGAUAUUCUCACAAAUCAGCAAAUGCUCUGACACAGGCAUUCAUCUCAACACGAUUGCUGAGAAAACUCAGGCAUCUCCUAUCCUUGUAGGUCAGAUUCUGCGUCUCCUUGCAGCGACAGGAUACGUCGAUCAGCACGACGUUGAGAACUUCAAGCCUACCGCCCUUACAAUGAUUAUGGUGGACCCAGUGAUCGAGGCAAGCACUCGUGCUUCCUUCGAUCUCGGGCUCUCGAGCACAAUGAAGGCACCGGAGUUCUUCCGCAAAAACAACAAUCAAUUUCCGGGGUCAAUCAGCAAUACGCCUCUGCAACUAGCUCUUGACACCAAACUGACAAUUUUCGAAUGGCUCGGCCAAAAUCCUGAAUCUGCCAAAGACUUCCAACAGAUGAUGAAGCUGAGGCAACAGGUGACAUCUAACUGGGUCGAGUGGUUCGACAUCCAGCGACAUAUCAUAGACGGUUCCGAGCCUCGUUCACCAGAGAAUGUUCUUCUGGUAGAUAUUGGAGGUGGGGAAGGGCACUACCUGCGGCAGUUUUCUGAGAAGUUUCCCCGUGCACCUGGUCGCCUGAUCUUGCAAGAACUGCCGGAUGUGAUUAGAGGCAUCCAGAGCCCGCCAGAGGAUGUGGAGUUGAUGCCGCAUGAUUUCUUCACGCCACAGACAAUUAAGGGAGCUCGGGCGUACUUUAUGCACUGGAUCCUGCACGACUGGUCAGAUGAAAAUUGUCACACUAUCUUGGCUCAUAUUGCCGACGCGAUGAAGCCUGGAUACUCGCGCUUGAUCAUUCAUGAGCAGAUCCUCCCUGACAUGAACUGUGAUGCCGAGGCUGCUGGCAUGAGUAUCAUUAUGAUGGUUCAGAUGGGGGCGCUGGAGCGUACUGAGACGCAAUGGCGGGCGCUACUUGAGUCUGUUGGUCUCCACACAAUCCAGUUUAAUCGAGCACCGGUAUCUGGGGAGGGUAUUAUCGAAGCAAUCAAAUAG